UGCGAUGCCACCAAAAGGCCCGUUCUGGAAUUUGAUAAAUUGGUGUACAGUCUCAUAGCCAGCCUCACAUCACCAACUUGAUGAUCAAAUUUUAACGGUAAAGAUCAGCCAGGUAGAAAAGCACAGGUGUUCUGUACCACGCCAGAAAAGUAGGUCGGUCUCUGGGGCACAAAAUAGCGCCUCCUCCUCCUCCUCCCCCUCCACCACCACUACCACCACCUCCUCCUCCUUCUCCUCUCGUUAAACUGAUUGAUACCCAGUUAAAUUUCAUUUUACCUUUAAUUUUUAUUAUAUAAAUACUUCAAAUCCAUUAUCAGAUCAACCCUUUUUUGGUGUUGAUUGUUUCUAGAGUCUUAUAUUUAUUAUUUAUUUGUUAUUAAGAAAAAUUAACCAUUGAUUAUCAUAUAGCUAUUACCUUCGAAUAAAUCUGAGGAUUGUGAUACAAAACCAAGAUUUUAUUUUUCUUCUUGAAGAAAAGAUUCAAUUUUUAUCAGUAUGUCAUCAAGGAACUCUGCUUGCACAGCCCCAAAGCCAUGCGAGCACCUUGAAAAUUAUAAGCUGAAGCAUGGUUUACUGGGCUAUAAUUUGAUCCAAGAUUUUUUCAAGAUCAAUCCUUAUGGAAGAACAAUGAUUGAUAAAUCAAAAACAGAGAUGCCCAUAUGCAGUUUUUGCUCAGGGUGUCAAGGUAGAUUUUUUAAGUGUUUGAUCUGUUCGUCAAUGUCAUGUUGCACGUCUCCUGAAUCAAAUCAUGCCCUUUUGCACAGUCAAUCUUGUGGUGGUCAUGAGAUUGCUGUGGAAAUCGAAAGGGCUGAGCUUUAUUGCUGUGUAUGUUGUGAUCAGGUGUAUGAUCCUGAUUUUGAUAACUCUGUGAUGAGCAAACACUUAAUGGGGUUACCAAGAAGUGGAAAUGGGGUUGUAAUGGGUGGUGGGUUGCGGCUGAGCAAGAGGAAAAGGCUUGAUUCUGGGAUGGAUUUGGAUUCGAAGUACAUGAAAAGAUUGGUUUUGACUAGGGAUCAGAGAUCUAAGUCAUGUUUCCCUUUGGGAUUGAGGGGUUUUAAUAAUCUUGGGAACACUUGUUUUAUGAACUCCGUGUUGCAAGCAUUGCUUCAUGCGCCCCCUUUGAGGAAUUAUUUCCUUAGUGAUAGACACAGUCACGAGAGAUGUAGGAUAAGGUUGACAGAUCGAUUUUGUUUGCCUUGUGAUAUUGAUGUCAUCUUUUCUGCUGUGUUUUCUGGUGAUCGGACUCCUUACAGUCCAGCUCCAUUUCUUUACAGCUGGUGGCAGCAUUCAGAAAAUCUUGCCUGUUAUGAGCAGCAAGAUGCUCAUGAGUUCUUUAUUUCGAUAUUGGACAUAAUCCAUCAGAAAUUGAGGAAAGCUAAUAACAUAGUUAAAGAAAAUGGAGAUUGCCAGUGUAUUGCUCACAGAGUUUUCUCCGGGCUACUGAGAUCAGAUGUAACAUGUACGUCAUGUGGAUUUACUUCGACUACUUAUGAUCCUUGUGUGGACAUUUCUCUCAACUUGAAUAUGGACCCUUGCUACCCAUCCAGUUGUAAGAGUAAGCCAAACAAGCAAAAUGCAAGCACAGCUGAUUCUACCUUGGCAGGCUGCUUGGACCUCUUCACAAGACCUGAAAAGUUGGGAUCAGAUCAAAAACUGUACUGUGAAAAUUGUAAGGAGAAACAUGAUGCACUGAAGCAAAUGUCCAUCAAAAGCCUUCCAUUAGUGUUGUGUUUGCACAUAAAACGAUUUGGACACUCAACAGUUAGAAAAAUGUCGAGAAAAAUUGAUCAAUAUUUGCAGUUUCCUUUCUCCUUAGACAUGAAGCCAUAUUUAUCCUCUUCUGUUGUCAAGAAAAGACUUGGAAACAGAAUAUUUUCCUUUGACAGCGAUGAAUCUGACAUUUCUACAGAGUUUGAGGUUUUUGCUGUGGUUACACAUUCGGGGAUGUUGGAAUCUGGCCAUUAUGUGACUUACUUGCGUUUAAGAAACCAGUGGUACAAAUGUGACGAUGCCUGGAUAACAGAAGUGGACGAAGGGGUGGUCCGAGCCUCACAAUGCUACCUGAUAUACUAUGUGCAGAAAGUGCUAUACCAUAAAGGGGGUGAGGAUCUGAGCUGCCACCCGAUGUCAACAAGGGCAGGCACAUUUGUUCCUAUAGCUGGAUUUUGCUAGAUGAACAUUUACAUCCCAUUUAAACCUGCACCAGCUUGGAAGAGAACUCACAUAGAGAUGGCUGCUGAGAACGGAUUCUCCAGCAUGAAUCGUGUGGAAAAGGGCGACCAUUGUUUCACUCAGAUGCGAACAGUUGUUCGAUUCUCUCUGCAGUUUGAAUCAGCAGUUGAUUUCUUGCAAAUUGGGUGGUGUGAAAGAAACUAGAAAACGAUGGUGUUGGACCAUUUUCUACCUCAACUUCUUUCAGUAUCUUGCUGAUGCUAUUUUAAUGUAGCUUGUGUAAAGAUUUAUUUAUUUAACAAUUGACAGGAGUUCUCUUCCAGGUUCCAACGUUUUAUUUUUGGAACUUUUUAUUUGGGAAAAAGGUUGACUAUUUUAUUUCAGACGGCAAUGGUGAUUUCUCAACAUUAUAUACUAAUUCUUUGCAGUGAAUUGUGGAACAAGUAUGGAGAUAUACAAACAAUUUUUACUCGGGUUUUUGCCAA